AUGACAGGUGGUGAUAGAGGGAUGACAAGAGGGAGGGGAGUGCUAGAUGCUGGUAGAGGGAUGACGAGAGGGAGGGGAGUGAUGGAUGCUGGUAGACGAAUGACAAGAUGGAGUGGACUACUAGGUGGUGGUAGAGGGAUGGCAAGAGCGAGUGGACUGCUAGGUGGUGGUAGAGGGAUGGCAAGAGGUAGGGGAAUGGCUAGAGGUGGAAGAUCAGGUUUUGGAAGAGGAGGUGGUGCAACAAGUGAUGGGAGAGGAUUUGCAAGAGUUGGAAGGGGAAUUGCAAGAGGAGAAACUAAUAGAACAAUUGGAGGUUCAAAAGGUGGUCCAAGUGGUGGUUCAAUAGGUGGUGCAACUGGUGGUUCAAUAGGUGCUGCAACUAGUGGACCGAUAGGUGAUGCAAGUACUGUAUCAAAAGGUAGUGGAACAAAAACCAUGUUUAAGCAUGGGAAAUUGAUUACAUGGAAGAGUGCAGCAGGUGGUGGAAAUGACUGGAAAAUUGCCAAAAUUGGAGAUGUCAUUACUAAAUUACGUUAUGAAUUUGUGGACAUGUAUGACUUACGACUUUAUUAUGAAUUUGGAAGGGACCUUUCGGAAGGUGCAAGACAAGUCAUUUGGGUUAUUGCUUUGGCCAAUUUUUUUGCCCAGUUUUUGGCCUAA